AUGGGUUGCUGCAGCCAAAAACUUUGGAUAAUCUGUUUAUCCGCCUCGGGAGUGGUUCUCCUUGUUCUUGGAUUAGCGUUUGGCGUUUGUGGGGUCUUCGAUAGGCUGAUCAACGAAAAUGUCGACAAGGUCAGUAUUUAUAAAAAAUGUUUUGAAAAAAUCUAAUUUAGAAAUUCCUCAUCUUUAAUGAAAACGUUGAAAGGAUCGAAAGGCUACUCCAUUACAUCAAAUUUCCUUGUUUUAUGCCAUAUCCAGUUUUGAUGGCUAAAUGUUUUUCAACAAGUAUAUUUGACGAAAAAACAAGUACACAAAAAAAAAAUUAAUAGAACACACAUGCAAAGCCGAUGAAAGAGAAGGCGUAGUAUCAGACAUUCCUAUCGUUUCAGUGAAGAAUACUAGUGAAGAUCUAGGCAAAUGUAGAAUCCAUACUAUCUCAGUUAAAACUAUCUUCAAGGGUUGUGGUAGAGUCUAAAAUUCGAAUCUAUUUUAAUACCUAAAUGUAACAUUUCUUAGCAGUGAGUCAAGAAUUGAAAUCAUUAUAUUAUCUCUAUCGUGAUAUCGUUCUCGGGGUCUCGUAUCUUCAUCGUUUGUUUUAAUUCAGUGAAAUCUGUAAUACCCUUCGUCUCAUGAUAAUGUGUAAUCCUGUCACACACACACACACACAGGAAAAGACCCGUAAUUUUGGUGCGUCUCACAUGUUUGUAACAUGGCUAAGGAAACUAUUUUUUUCAGCAGUUUUUACUGUCGUCACUAAAAACGGCUGUGUAGCAGACUACAUUACAUGUGCCUUAGGGUGUAUAAAAAUUAUCUUUUUCCGAGAUGUUGAAACGUUUAUUUUACCCUGGAUAGUCAAGAACCAGCUGAAGAACGGGCUUCAAUCAUAUACACAUCAACUAGCGAGCAAAUUAAGGCAGCAGGGGGUGAAGGAAGGAUGGGGGAGGGUGAACCGAAUAGGAAGUGAUCGUGCACGCGAGUCACUCGAGUCCUUUGGCAGCGCACGUGGAAACUCUAAAUUGAGAAACUGUAACUGACGAAGAUGCUUGUAGCUUAAAACGAAUAAAAGAAAAACAGUGUGAAAAGAAAAAGCUUCAAAUUCAUCUUUUUUUCCCCUUACAAAUUAUCAUGAGUACAACUGGGAAAUAUUCCCGCGCGGUUUGUCAAAGCUAUAGAGGGAGCUCCAAGUCUUAAAGUUCAAAGCAUACAUUUUAAAUAAAAAAGCUUCUCUCGUUGUUUCUGUCCCAUUCUCCUCGCGGCUUCGUCGCCAUUUGCGGGCUGACAAACAAAACCUAGCCUUUUCCAGGCGUUUAGAUAGUAGAGCGCGGCGGUAAGAGUUGUACACCGGGAAAACGGGUGUUCUCCCCUCGUUGACCCCACCGUUGUAGUUGUACACCGGGUCUCCCCUCGUUUUUUUUUUCCUUCUUGAAUUUUUCUCCCGCGCUCUACUAUCUGAACGCCUGGAACAGGCUAAACAAACCCCGCCAGUUACGCAGGUAAACUAGUUGACUACUGUGAAACCCCGUUUUACGGCCACCUCGGUAAUACGGUCAACUCGUUAUUACGGCCACUUUUUCUGGCCAGCUGUCAAAAAACGCCACACAUUUUCUUGUAAAAAACCCUCGUUAAUAAGGCCACCCCGUUAAUACGGCCAAUUUUUUGGCCCAUUGGUGACCGUAUUAACUGGGUUCCACCGCUAGAACUAGUUAUCUUUUUCAGUUUUUCCGCCUAAGCUACUAUUUUGUCCGAGCAAAUGUUGAAAGAUCAAAUAAUAUGAUGCAUUCUCACAGCUACACAGUCUACAAUUAGCCUGUAAUUUCGUUGUAAAGCAGUCACUGCAUCCUCUCUUAUCGCAUGUUAUCAUAUCUACCAUACUUUACAGGGGGUUUUCCCACUUACUGGUCACUUUACCUGGGAAAAAACCUUCAAAGAAAGCUAAGUAAGGAGUUUUGUUUUUGUUCUUGUUUUAGGAUGUGCAAUUAAAACGUGGCAGUUUAGUGUACAAAGAAUGGAUAAAGCCCUCUGUUCCUAUUUACAUGAAAUACUUUGUCUUUAACGUGACAAAUCCAAACGAAGUAAUGGAAGGCCUAGAAAUUCCUAAUGUGACACAGAUAGGGCCAUAUUCUUACAGGUAUGGGGGACGAGACGAGACAAGCACGGAGAAGGGGGGGGGUAAUCCCUCACAUGGCCUAUACCGGGAUGUGAUGCUGGACGGGGUUUGGCUUUUGACCUCUCUGUCGUAAAAAGGGUAUAUAAUUUCGUGUGAGUCUGUCAACAGGGCAUUGCUAGCCUGGGACCGGGCUCUGCUGUGGGGUCAAAUAGGAAAAAUGUCGGCGAGUAAAGCCAUCCUUUCCCCUCCCCAGCCAGACUACCCUAGGCUAAGGUACUGCCUGCUCGAUUGAUUUGAUUUGCUACGUGAAUUUUGUUUGCACUCAAAGUAUGUUACUAACAAUGACUGCUUCUUGAAUUUGCUCUAUUGUCAUAAAUAGCUUUAAAACAAGACGACCAGCAUUUUCCCCUUUGUUCUAACCAGGGUAAUAAAAUUGAGGGUGUUUCCUAAACAGGUUAUGUCUUUUAGGAACUUUUGUCCCAAACAGGGUCUCAGGGACUCAAAUCUUUAGCUGCUCACCUAUACCCAAGUAUACCGUGCGGCACGAAACUUUUGCCGGUUUUAAUUUUUGCGAUUUUUUCCAGCGAUCCGCAAAAAAAGGUCCCCACCAAAUAUGUAUUUCUAUUGCACGUACUCGAUAAAAACGAAUCUUUUCAAUACUGGGUACUGGGUACUUUCUGAAAAUCGCAAAAAUUAAUUCCCAGCAAGAAAAACCAGUCUGCCCUAAUCGCAAAAAUUAGUUCCCGCAAAACACAAAAAAUCUCCAAUUCUCAAAAAUAAACUCCCGCAAAAAUUUCGUUCCAGACUGUAGGUCAAGUACCCACCCUUCCGGGGGAGACAAGCGCAUAUCCACAUGUACCCCGAAAUUAAUAAACCCUUAAAAUGCAUUUUCCAACUGCAAUUUUUUAACCGUCUUAUGAUUAUUCCCUUUCCAGAGAACUAAGAUCAAACGAGGUGCUCAACUGGAGCAGUGACCAGAGCAUUGUAACAUUCAUGCCAAAUAGAAAAUUCAUUUUUGAUCCAGAAACAUCAUGUGAUGGCUGUGAUGACAAGACCGACACAUUUGUUACUGUCAACAUACCACUGUUGGUGAGUCAGUUAAACGUACAUCUCGGGCUUGUGUUAAUUUUUAAAUUUUUUCAAGGGUAAAAAAAGCUAUUUAACAAUUCUGUAAUUGUAAGUAACAACGGGGCGCUGCCUUGCAUGGGUCUAGGGUCCCGUUUCUACUUGCCCCUUUGGGGAUCCGCAAAUGCUUUUCAAUUAUCCUUGUAACUGUAAUUAAUUAUUUGUAUUUUAUUUCUUUGAUUAUAUGUCUUCUUGUUAAUUCUUUCAUGACUGCAGUUUUAGCCUGUUCCAGGCGCUCAGAUAGUAGAGUGCCUGAACGGCUGGAACAGGCUACUGAAGUUUUGCCCCAAUAAAGUGUGAAUACUAAGAGAGACGCAACAAGGGUAAAAUAAAGUAACGACACACUGACAUUUCUUUCGGCGGUGUUCUUGGUCCUCAAUCAGUUCUUUUUUUCACAAGGUCGCUCCGCAAAGCCGAAAAGACAUGUUUUUUUCUAAUCAGAAAUAAACAUAUGAAAAUUUUUAUAGUUUUUAGACCACGUUUUGGUAAUCACUAAGCAUUAGCUUCCAAGCUUAUAACGGUUCCAAAGCGUUUCCAGCUCCAAGGAUCGUAGAAAUUCGAUCAGCUGAAUACAGUAUUUUCUGAACCUUCAAAGUUAAUCCGAUUCUAUUAAAAUUUUUCCAGCUCCGGCCAAAGUUAUAAAAUACGGGAUAGCUUUUGGUGCAGACACCAGCUAAUUAUAAGGUUGCCUGGCCUUAUCGGCAAUUUAUUGGUCGGAAGCGGAAAUAAGACGAGGACGAGGCCAAACGUUCCGAUCACUCAAACUUGCAGGAAAGCUUUGGCCUCGUUAUCGUCUUAUUUCCGCUUCCAACCGAUAAAUUGCCCAUAAGGACAGGUAACGUAACCUUAGCUGGCCACAUUUCCUAGCAAUUGUUUUAAGUUGGAAGUAAUGGGUUUACGUGAUCCAAAAUGGCGACUCUCGAUGCUUAAAUUUUACAAUCAGAAUCAGAUGAACUCUAAAGGUUCAAAGAAACUCACGAGCGGCCAGUAACUGUAAGAGAAGGAACAAAAACAAUAACAACAACAACUCGUUUUGACUUAAUGACUGUACGAAAAAAUACAGGCUCCUUUAUGUAUUCGAAUAGGAAGGACUUUAACCUCGCUGAAGCCCCAGUCUCACUCGUGCAAGCCUAAAUUUUUGAGGCAUCGCAUUGAUUAAAAUUGUGUAUAUAAUUAACUGCAAGGAGCUCUUAACUUUUGAGUCUGCGAGCCCUGGAAUCCUAGUUUCUUUGGGAGAACAUUUGUAUGGUACUAUUUAUUUCUUAGGAUUUUAUAAAAGCGUUAUUGUCUUAAACAAAUCCUCUUUCUAAUCCAGUUUUACUUUGGCCAAGGUACUAUCUGAACUCUGUUUAAGUCAGGUUUCUUUUGUAGUUAACUAGUACUUUGCUUUUACGGAUAUCAACUACUUCUCUUUGAUUCCGUUCUCCGCCUUAAGACGGUAUUUAUCCAGAGUUUUACCUCAUUUUUCCUUGCUUUUCUUUCUGCAGACUUUGGCACUGAAAUUAAAAAAUACAGACUUACAGAACUACUCAACAUGCUUGCGAGCAGUACAGAUGUUAGCGAACGCCUAUCAAGUUAGACUGUUUCAAAGCAAGUCAGUGUAUGAUUUACUCUGGGGAUAUACUGACCCUCUCCUUAAUACAAUAGUAAAUGUUCAGAGUGAUGCAUGUCCCAGGAAUUCUUCAAAAGGGGUGUCACCCUUCGUUCAGUUGCAGGUUAGAUCACUUUGAUAUGUACGUAAUGCUUGCAUAAAUUCUCUGUUAACGAACGACUGACAGUAAUUUUAAAGUGUUUCGCUAAGCUGCGAUGCAGACCAUCAGAUUUUUUUCUGGGCAGAGAUGGUUGGUAAUUGGAAAGAUGAACGGGAAGAUCCAGGUUAUAGAUAGAUAUAUUUUUGAGGAUUCUUUAUAGCAACUAUGUGCCUUCUUUCCGAUUAUUACAACCCCUUCCUUGUGCCACGAAAAUGAAUUUGCAAGUACGUCGGAAGAACCAAAGUAUCGUGUUAAAGAAUUCUCAUACGUUUAGGAUAUUUAGGAUAAUAGUGACUAUAUACGACUGCUUUCGUUUUUAGCGCAAUAACACAUAUGAAGGCAUCAUUGCUAUGAAUACUGGACAGAAAGACAUCAGCAAGCUAGAACAGUUUAUCAUGUGGAGGGGACAAACGUAAGUAUGCCUCAUUUGGGGAGGAUGAUAAAACCGCAGUGAAUUGUUAGUCUUUAUUCAUCCGGUCAUCAUCAUCAUCAUCAUCAUCACCAUCAUCAAAAUAUCGCAAAAUCACUUUAAUAAAAAAUGUAAUCUGUAGUUAAAAAAUAAUGCCCAAGUGAUCUACAGCUGUCAUGUCAACUGAUAAAGUUCGUAUUCACCUCUGUCGUCUUUACUCCUCCCGUAUUCUGAAGAAAAUGGCAAGAAAGCUGUCCAAUGUUUUUUGUGGGAUCUCAGUUAGGCUUGUUGUUUUAAGAUGUGAGGCCAUCUCGGACUUCGCAAAAACUCGGGGUCUAAGUAUUAUUUUCAAAGUUGCUUCUGUCAAUAAAAUUUUGGCUUUUUCUAUGGAGGCAGAAAGGAUCGCCGAGAUUUUUUCGUGAAAUACAACCUGUACAUACCCCAGAAUAUGCUGCAAUGAGUUUCUUGCUCUCUGAUUGGCUGUAUUCAGGCUUUAUGGAAUGCGAUAACACAUCAUAUAACAUUAAGGGCCUGUUUACAUGGAGGUGCGGGACCCCAGGUAGGUGGGGUAACCCGCCUGUACAUAAAAUGUCUCAUUUUAAAAUUAAAAUUUGGUCACGUUUACAUGAUAGGUGGGGUGACCCGCCGCUUGUUACCCCACCUACCUGGGGUCCCCCACCUCCGUGUAAACAGGCCCUAAGUCUACUCAUGACGUUCUUGUUUUCAGUCAUUUAACAUGGUGGAGUGACAAAUAUGCAAACAUGAUUAAUGGCACAGGUAUGUAAGCUGUAAUUUAUUGCUUGAAAACAAAAUGGUUAAAGAAAGGCUAUUUUGAUAUUCUAGCGUUAUCUAGAACAACUAAAGUAAACUGAAAAUGUUCAAAUCUCAGAGUUAGGACCUGUUUACAUGGAGGUGGGGGACCUCAGGUAGAUGAGGUAACCUGCUUAGGUGGGGUAGCCCGCCUGUCCAUAUAAUCUCUCAUUUUAUUCUGAUCACGUUUACAUGAUAGGUGGGGUGACCCGCCACAUGUUACCUCACCUAUCUGGGAUCCCCCACCUCCAUGUAAACAGGCCCUAAGCUAAUUAGAGGCAAGCAACAACAAAGCCGCAUAAAGCAAUCAACUACACUAAGAGCAUUUCAGAAAUACACUAGAACCCUGCUAUGUUAACAUCGUGUUAAGUGUGAAAAAUUAAGUUAUAUUAUUUAGUUGUUUGGCUAUGUGUUUUUGAAUGCAUGGUAAUCGUGUUAGAUUUCUUUAUUAACUUUGCAGAUGGUACGCAGUUUGCGCCGAGAGUUUUGGAAAACGACAAAUUAUAUGUAUUCUCUCCCGAUAUCUGCAGGUGCGUUAUUUAAGAUUCAUUUCUGAUAUAUUCGGAUUUAAAUGUAACAUGGUUCACCUCGAAUAUUUUACCUUUAAGUUACAACUGCAGUGUAGCCUUCCCAUUGCAGCGAUCGAUGUACCAAGAGAACUGUGAUGAGUCUGAGAAAGAAAACAAAUAGAUAAGUUGAACGCUAUGGUAAUUGAAAAGAAAAAAAAAAAAGACUGGGAAUUUAUUCUAGACCGGAGGCAGGUAUUUUACAUAAUCCUGUGAUCCUUUUCACAAGUGUCAGAGUUUGCGCAUGCAGUUUUGCUUAAAUUUAUAACUCGAUGCCAAGUUUUCAAUUUCGUAGCUGAAUGGGGUCUCCUGUUUUCUCUGUUGACUGUAUAGCGUAUAAAAGAUCGUAGCUGUUAGUCUAUCUACCAGCAACCAGCAAUGGAUAAUUGUCUAUAUAACUCAGGGAGUAGUUUAACGUCAGUUUUUCGUCUAGUUUGUGCGAUGGUUAGUGUACUAUUGCUCAAAUAUUCGAAAAAGCGUAAGUGCUCUUUUUCGCACCGAAUGCUUAUUAUUUAAAAGAAAGUUAACAAAAAAAUUAUCUUCUCUAAUUUUCCUCAGAUCUAUGUAUCUCACAUACGAAAAGACUGUGACCGUCAAGAACAUCACACUUUUCCGCUUUAUAGCACCAGAUAAAGGCUACUUAAGUGGUGACAUAUACCCUCCUAACAAAGGAUUUUGUGUACCUCCUCGCUGCUUACCAACUGGUUUACUUAAUGUCAGUCUCUGCCAACCAAUGAGUAAGAUCUAAUUAACAGUAACAACAAUAACAAGCUUCAUUUAUGUGACCAUACAAGUACAUACUACAGUAUUGCAAAAGCUAUUUUAAGAACCAAAAUAUCCUCACAGGGCAAUUAAGUUACGUUAGUAAUAAUUUGUCACGAAGAUCAAAGCAAGCAUGAAUUAAUCCUAUAAUGAUAAAGUAAUUAGAGGAGUUCAUCAGUUCAUUGAUCAAAACGUUUACAGGUAACUUGGUAAUAUUUGAAAUCAAAGUCUUGACUUUAUUGCAAAAAUUAUUCCUUAUACUCAAUGCGGAAUCUCGCUAACAUUUGCAAUCCGGAAUUACUCUAAAUCUAAUACCUGGAUUCCGGAAUCCACAAAGCGCAAUCCAGAGUCCAAGACUGUCUUGGAUUACCUUCCACGGGGUAAUACGGCAGAAAGUGGUCGGUUUCCACAAGUGUGGUCAAGGGCAUAUUCACAUGCAUCGAAGGAAGGUGCACGAGUCACGACCACUCAGAUCAACGGCACCGAUGAAUCCUUGCCCAGUGUCCAAACGAAUUAAUGAAUUCGAGGGAUUUAGCAUUUCCUUCCUUCCUUACGUGCAUUUGGUCAUACAUGUAAACAUAUGCGAAUUUGCCCGUUUUAAGUAAUAAAACUAUUAUUAUCAUUACUAUAAUUAUUAUGAUAAUCCUUCGACGCACCAUCGUAUGAGUGAUCUUCUAGCUUAAAUCCUGAUCAGGAUCAUCCCAGCGGAAGCCACCCUCUAGAAUAUAUUUUACCGAUGGAACUUUAACCAUUACCUACCGGAUAUCUUCUAGAUCCGCCAGUUGUAAUCUCACCUCCACAUUUUUAUCAAAGCAACAAAUCCUUAUUGAAAACAGUCAAUGGCCUUGAUCCGGUAAAAAGUGCCCACGGAACCCUUCUCGAUGUGGAACCGGUAAGUAAAGUUCACCCCCUUCCCUCACCUUAUUUCGAGGAGGGUGGAGGGGGUAACUCCAAUAUAAUUCAGGGACGCGGAGACUUGUCGGAAAAUUAGAAUACAGCCCCAAAGCUACGGUAAAACGUGGGCAACCAAAACGCGCGCAGCCUUUAUUGAAACUGACAAAAUUUCUGCAAAACGAGUGGGGAAGCUAUGUUGGGCGUUUUACAACCUACGUUGAAACCAGUCCUGCAACAAAUCAGGUUGUUUCAAGUUUUUCAAAACGAGGCUAAGUGCAAAUCCUUUCUUGUGAAAAUAAGUUGAUUAGACAAAAAAUCAUUUUCAAAUCGCGCUUAGCCUCGCUUUGUAUCAGAGACUUGGGGCAACUCGAAAAAGGCCUGACGCAGGAGUCACGUCGACAUGUGGCGCCUUACGUCACUUGAUGCAAAACAAGUUUGCCUUUGGCCGGUAAAACGCAAAACAUUCACUUACGUUUAUGUACAGAUUUUGUUGCAAAAAGUAGAUCGAGCUGCUCUCUCUCUUUACUUUCUGCAAAAACUGUUCGCAACCUGCAACAACCUUUAGUGAUUUGUUGCAAGACAGAUUUGACUCGUGGGUGGUCUGAAACGAGCAAUAUCGCUAUUUAGAUUUGUUUUGCAGUGAUGCUGCCAAACAAGUUGCACUUUAUUGUUGCCCGUUUAACCCUUCCUUAUAAAGGAAACCGGUCUGGGUGCCUCACGUUUUCUUUGACCUAAGAAUUUGUAAAACUUACUCCAAAACAGUAUGACGAUGAAUGUUCGCCUUUUAAAGCAGAUAUUCCCUUAUGCACAAUAGGCCCUUUACAGCUAGCCAUAACCGCCAUGCUGGAGAGCAGACGUCCCACUGGGACAAGACAAAUAAAGGAAAUUAAUUACCAUUAAAAUUAAAUAUGCCUUUUGUUUGUCUUUUCCCAGUGCAACUUUUGCUCUCGAAGGUUUUACACCGCUCGUAAAAGGCUAACUGCAAAGAGCCUAUUAAACCCAAAGCAAGAGACAAAACAAUGGUUUUCCAUCCAAAAGAGUAGGGAAGUCUUCCCGGUGGUGAGCAUGCAGUCUACGUCUAAGUGUCUUAUCACUUCACCUAUCACACAUAUCAUAUAGUAAGCACAUAAAUGAAUAAAUGGACCGAUACCGGCAGCCAGUAGCGCAUUAAAUUGUAUGCUUACGUCCAAACCUAUAACUGUUACAUACAUAAUGUUACAAUUAGGGACAUGCACGCGCUGUCCUCCUCACCUCCGCCGGCGGUAUAACACUUCACAUGGAGUGAUGACUGAUUUUUAAUCUCCUUACAAACAGAUAACAGGGAUUGUUAUGCAAGCUGCUAAAAGAGUCCAGCUCAACGUGGCCUUGGAAUCCGUAAAUACCAUAAAGUAAGUCUGUCGAAGUAUUUGGGACUGGUUAAAAUACAACAUAAGAGCGCACACUAUACAGUAUUCCAAAAGAAAAGCUCGAGAAAGAAGUGAAAGAGAAAAGGAACUCCAAGAACAACUCGCUAAUGCAAAGUGUGCUUUCGAAACAGAUCCUAGUAUUUUGAAUGCAAAUCUUCUUAACUGUGCUAAAGAUAUGCUCGAAUUGUUUUAUGAAGAAAAGGUUAAAGGAAUAAUUAUUCGAGCGCGAGCCCGCUGGCACGAGCAUGGCGAGAAAAGCACCAAAUACUUUUUAAACCUAGAAAAAAGAAAUCAUGUCAAAAAACAUAUGAGAAAAUUAAAUAUCAACGGCUCGUCUACCACGGAUCCGUCAAAGAUCUUGUCCGAACAACAACGUUUUUAUCAAGAAUUGUACUCGAGUAAGAACAUGAAUAAUGAAAAUUUGCACGAAAUUAAAUCCUUUUUAAAAGAUUUAAACAUUCCUAAACUGUCAGAAGAACAAAAAAUGUCUUGUGAAGGUGAAAUUACUCCAGAAGAAUGCGCACUUAUCUUGGAUAGUUUCCAAAACAAUAAAACUCAGGGAACGAUGGAAUUCCCAUCGAAUUCUAUAAAAAUUUUGGCCUUUACUUUGUGAGCCUUUCAUUCUCUGUGCUAACGAAUGCUUCGAAAAAAGGUGAAAUGUCGCGCUCUCAAAAGCAAGCAGUAAUUACGCUCAUCGAAAAGAAAGGAAAAGAUCGAUCCUUUCUGGAAAACUGGAGGCCGAUAUCUUUGGUAAAUGUGGAUGCGAAAAUUAUGGCUAAAGUUAUAGCUGCUAGAAUACAAAAUGUUCUACCAAGCAUCAUCCAUUACAAUCAAACUGGAUUUAUAAAAGACCGCUAUAUCGGCGAAACAGUACGAUCGAUUUUUGACAUAAUGAACUUCACUGUUGAAGAAAACAUUCCUGGUUUGUUGAUCUUUAUCGAUUUUCAGAAGGCUUUCGAUAGUUUAGAACGCAGCUUUUUACAAAGUUGUCUAGAAUCUUUUAAUUUUGGCCAGAGCUUUAUUAGAUGGGUUUCUUCUUUUUACAAAAAUAUACAAAGCUGUGUUAUCAACAAUGGCAUAAUCUCUGAUUACUUUACAGUCGAACGAGGAGUUAGGCAAGGUGAUCCUCUUUCUCCUUAUCUCUUUGUAGUAGCUGUUGAAACCUUGGCUAUCGCAAUAAGACAAAAUCCAAUGAUAAAAGGUAUUACUAUUGACAAGAAGGAAACAAAAUUACUUCAAUACGCAGAUGACACAACUGUGGUUCUGUCAGACAUCGACUCAGCCCAAACCCUUUUCAGGUUGUUAGACGAUUUUAAGAGGAUUUCAGGUUUAGCUGUUAAUCCCUCAAAAACUGAAGCAAUGUGGAUCGGAUCAUUAAAGGAAAAUAAAUCAAAACCUUUUGGUAUUAAAUGGCCAAAUGAACCAAUUAAAGCUCUCGGAGUCUAUUACACCUAUGAUCAAAAAUUACUACACGAGAAAAAUUUUAUAGAAAGACUAGACAGCGUGAAAAAAUUGGUACACAUAUGGUCUGCGCGAGGUCUUUCCCUUUAUGGAAAGGUUACUGUUAUCAAAUCGUUGAUUGUUCCAAAAUUUGUUUACGUGGCAUCAUUAUUAACAAUUCCAAAGUGGGCGGUUCAAGAAUUGAACAGAUUGAUAAUUAAAUUCCUAUGGAGAGGUGUUGACAAGGUCACACGUUUGUCAACAAUAAAUGACUACCAAAAAAGUGGCUUGAAAAUGAUUGACCUAGAAACGAUGGUCAAAUCUUUAAGACUUGCCUGGCUAAAGAGAAUCUUCAGCGAAAACGACAGCACAUGGAAGAAUUACUUGCGUUAUCAACUUAAAAGUUUCGGGGGCCUCUUUCUAUUUCAUUGUAACUACGAUGUAAAAGACGUUCUAAUCAAAUCACCUUUUUACUCCGAGCUGCUUCAAUGGUGGGCUGAUUUUCGUGACGACUUUUCUACAGAUAAAAUGCGGUAUAAUAUUAUUUGGAAUAAUAAAGACAUUAGGAUAAAUAAUAAGCCAAUUUUUUACAAAACAUUUUUCGACAAUGGUUUUCUUCUGGUUUCCGAUCUUCGAUUUGAUUUAAGUAUUGCAGAGUCACAUAGUAUCAUUAUAAGAAAGAUUGAAAAAACCAAUUUCUUAGUAUGGGCAGGUCUCAGAUAUGCUGUACCGUCCCACUUAAAAGCUAAUCCUAGAACAUCUGAUCACACCUUUUUAACAAUGCCACCCUCCGUGAUAAUUAAGAAUAACGACUUUGAUAUUUUAAAGAAGAAAUCAAAAGAUUAUUAUUCAUUGCUCAUAAGUAAAAAGGCACAGCUUUCUAAAAAAUACCUCAGCUUUAAAACGGGAUUUUAAUCUGACGGAAGAUCAGAUAGAAAAAGCAUUUCUUUUACCGCACAUCAUAUGCUCUGAAUUCUAUGUUAAGGCCUUUCAGUACAAGGUCCUUAACUCCAUAUUAUAUACUAACACUAAGUUAUAUAAAAUAGGAUAUAUUACCGAUGAUAAAUGCUCCUUUUGUAUGUAUAAACCGGAAACCCUUAUCCACCUUCUUUUUGACUGUGUAUAUGCAAAACUUUUCUGGAAGGAUUUUGAAUUAUAUUAUUACUCGUUGUCAAAUGAAUUGAUCAACCUUAGUCUACAGGAUGUGCUAUUAGGUAUAAUAGCCGUACAAUGCCCUUUACUGAACUACUUUCUACUAAUAGCCAAACUAUAUAUAUGGGAUUGCAGAAGAUCACAAACUCGUCCAAUUAUUGCAGGGUUUAAGUUAAGGAUUAAUAUUAAAUUCGAAACAGAAAAAUAUAUUUGUACCAAAAAUAGAACUUUAAGUGACUUUUUAUAAAAAUGGGCGAUAUUGUGCACCGCGUAACGCUUUAUUAUUAUUAGUAUUAUUAUUAUUACAGUCUAGGCCGUUCAGUUCUCUUUACUUAUCCUUCUAAAUAAAAAGAAAAACACUUAUACUUAAUCUAUAUAUAAUCCUCUUAUACUUUUCUGUUGCCUCUGUGUUUAUAGUGUUAGUAUUGUAAAUUAUGUUAGUAAUCACUUUAGUUUAAGUUAUUAGUCGUCAAUAAUUGUAAUUGUAACUUUCUUUUCUUCUUUCUAUGUAAAAAAAGUAAUGAGUACGGUUUUGUAAGUAGUGUAAGCACUGUAAGUUGUGUUAAGUAACAUUUUGUAAGUAGUGCUUGUGUUGUAAAUAAAUAAAAAAAAAAUUAUUAAAAAUAAAAAAAAAAAAAAAAAAAAAAAAAAAAAAAAAAAAAAUAAAGUAAGUCUCACUAAGGUUAUGUUCACGUCAUAACGGGUAGCUUUUCGUGCCAACACGAGUUGUGUUCUCAAUGGCUGUGCCCUGGGGCCCCAUUUCUCGAAAGGCCCGGUAACUUUUCGCGCCCGAAUGGAAAUGUUUAAAUCAAAACCUGGGAUAGUGGCACAGCUCAUGACUCACAAACCUGUCAAUUUUGCUUCGUUAACUGUUAGUUUCAGAGUAUCGUUUUCAAAAUUAUUCAAACUUUGAUCUUGAAUGCAAAGAUUAUAGACAUAGAACAGCUUUCCGGGUCCGAAAAGGCACCGGGCCCUUUCGAGAUACGGGACCUUGGCCUUUGAGAAGACGUCAAGCUGGAAGUGACUUUUGUUUUCUUACAAUCCUUUCUUUUUUAUCUGCAAAUCAUGGUUAAAUUCUCAAUGCUUACAUGCAAGUCAUCGAUCAUGAUCAUUUACAUGUGAAAAACAGGGUCAUCUCAACCCUCGCUUCUGUGCAAAGGCCAGGACACUGAGCACACAAGUGUAAAAUUGCUGUUGGAUGCUGGCUUGCAAACAAUUGCCAUCAAAGACAUACCAUAUAUCAUGUCUGGUAAUCAACUUUUAUUUCUUUUUUCACAGUCAAACAACUGGGAAGUUUAAACCAGUUUUUCUUCCUGUUAUGUUUGCUGCUGAGGUGGGAGACUGUUGCAAUAAGUUAAUCUUUUAA